AUGCCGCCCCCGGCCUCGUCGCCCCCCUCCCGGCCCGGCCAGGCCUUCACCAUCGCAGCCCUGCUGGGACGAGCCUCGCCCCCCCCGACCCCCACCCCAAUCCCGACCCCAGCUCCGCUUUUGCCCCCCUGGGGAACCCCUCCCCGGCCGCUCUGCGCUGCCUGCUGCGGACCCCCCCCAGCCUGGGCCGCCCGCCUGGGAGCCACAGGUUUCUUCCUCUCCAAGUGCUGCUUCCCCAUCCUCAAGGCCAAGGCCGGCAAAGCCAAGCGGGUGCGGACCAUCUUCACCAGCGAGCAGCUGGCGCGGCUGGAGAAGGAGUUUGCGCGGCAGCAGUACCUGGUGGGCGCCGAGCGGGGCCUGCUGGCCUCCGCCCUGCACCUCACCGAGGAGCAGGUGAAAGUCUGGUUCCAAAACCGGCGGAUCAAGUGGAGGAAGCAAAGCCUGGAGCAGCAGCAAGCCAAACUGGCCAAGAUGGGCCUGGCCGCCCUGCAGAGGAGCCCCGACUCGCAAAGCCACCGCGGCGAGGAGGACCAGGACUUCCCAGCGGGGGGCGAGGACCUGUGUCGGAGCGGGGCAGCGAGGGAGCCGGAGGCAGGCCCCGCUUCCACCUGCCCUUGUGCUCUGUGCGUGUGCGUGCGUGUGUGAGGCCACCCCCAUCCUCCCUGCCAGGACCGGGUGUGAGCCAGCAGCCCCCCGCCUCGUCC